AUCAAGAACAACUGCGAUGGAGGACGAGUGGGCUCGCGAGACACGGACUUGGCUUCCUUCCUUCAUUCCUUGCCUCCCCUCCCCCUUCCCUUCAUCGCCUUUGGUUUCUCAUGACUGGAUCAUACAGACCUUGCGAUGCUUUCAAACCCUAGCCAAACCCCACCACCAUCGCCAUCUCUCCCUCUCAACAAAUCUGCCAUUGACGUCGCCCGCGCCUUGCUGCUGCUUCUUCCGCCCUUGUACCAGCGCAUUUCUAACGCCCGCUAUCCCAGCUUUCUGUCGCCACCAAAUUUCGCCACGCUCGCCAGCUCCACCAUUACCACCGAGUGCAUCCAUUCGCCUCUUCCAGAGAAUUGAGUCGUGGGGGAUGGAAGGCGAUGCGGAAUGGUUCUUCUGCACACCUUAGAUUGGAGGACAAUCGGGGCGUGGCAAGCGUGAUGAAUGAGGGGAUUCCAGCACGUAAUGUGUGUCCGAGGUGGCGGAGUUAGAAGGUGCGUCCCGGGUAGGGCUGGGAGCAUGUGACAUGGUUUGGAGGAUCGAGCUGAAGGAGAUGAGCUAGGGAAGUCGGUGGCACCGCUGUGGUGCCGUGUCGGAACGAUGGCAUCCAUGCAGAGGCUGGAUACUGUGAAUUUGAGCAGUCCCGACGGGGGCCCGCACGGUGUGGGCGGAGGUGCACACCGGGGUUUCGGUGCGAGCUUGGACAAGUCUCAUAGUUUUCGGGAUGGUCACGAAGGUCGGGCAUCGGGCGGAGGCGGGCCAUCGAGUUCGCACGGCGAGGCUCCGGCUCUGGCGAGCGUCCUGUUUCUGGAGAGCAUAAGCUUGCCGAGUGUGAAGUCGAAUGCGCAAACGGAGCUGCGACGGGCGAUGAACGCUGCGAGCAGUCAACAGGGCGAUGACCCGAGUCUGGGAGGGUUGCAGUCGAAGGCUCUGGAGAGCUGCAGCGGGGAAGAGAUCAAGCGGAUGAGGGUCGGGCUGACGGAGGGGGCGUCGCGGGCGAGAGAGCGAAUGCGGCACCUGUCGGAGGCGGUGAUCAAGCUGGAUAGGUUCCUGUAUGCAAUGCAGUCUCGGAAGAGAAGCAGACCGGAGUCUGGUGGACAUGACAAGGGGGGACAUGCGGGUGGAGGUCAGAGAGGUGCUUCGUCUGGGCAUGUGGCGAAAGGAGGUGGUCGAAGCGCUUCUAGCAGCGGUGAGAUAUCGAGAAUGGUGAAGGGAGGAGGGGAGAAGAGUAAGAGCGGGAUGAUCAACAAGCGAAUGCGGACUUCGUUGGCAGACGCACGGCCUGAGGGGCGACCGAGCAAUCUGAGCGUGCAGCGGUCUUCCGGGGUGCAAGAAAGAGAGCGGGGGAGCCCGAGGCCGAGCAGCUUUUUGAGCUCUCCGGUGGAAGAGAAGGAGAGAGUGGGUGGAGGAGGUGGCGGGAGCUACGAGAAGACGAAGAUGAAAGGACGACGGUCGGCCACCAUAAAGGCGGAGGCAGCGGUGGUGAGCGUGGCGAACGGUGGCACGGACGUGGAGCGGGAGCAGAAGGGGAGCGUUCAACAUCACAGAGGCGGUGUGGACGGACGGGCGCGUCCGAGCGAGGGCCAUGGCUACAGGUCGGCACCGUCGGGACCCGUGCACGGCACAUUGUCUGUGCAGAAAGCGGAAGCGAUCGUGCAUGCGAACGGGGGAGGGAUGCGAGGUGGUGGGAAGGGGGAGGCGGAUGGAUCAGUGCAUGGCGCGGGGAGAGUGGAGCGGUCGAUUGUGGCGGAGCGGGAGCGUGCGAACGUGAAGGGCGGAGCCACGGCGGUGGGUCGGGAGGAAGCGCGCGUUGCAGGUCCGGGCAUGAUGCCGAAGGCGAAACGGUCGAAUCUGGUAUCGGGGAGCAACCAGUCCGGGCACGCGAGCCGGGCGUCAUCGUUUGCAGAUGUUCGGGAGAAGCCGGCGGCGUUGGCGAAUCCAGCGAAGGAGCAGGCGGCGUCGGGCCCCGUGAACCGGAAGAGGCCAGCGCCGUCGCGGUCGUCGUCGCCGCCGGUGGCGUCGUGGGGGAGCUCUCGACCUCAGACGAUGGCACGGGCAAGGCGAGUGAACCUGAAUCCGCCCGUGAGCAUCUCCGUUCCAGAGAAGGAGGAGGAGAACGGGGGCGUGGAUGCGGGCGGAGGGGCGAGGGAUGGGGGCGUCUCGAGUGGGACUCCAGGCGCGAGGUCGACCUCCUCGGGCGCAGGCGGGGUAUUGAGCUUGACGAAGCGAGCAGUGGGUGGGCAGUUGGUCGGUCCGAGCAAGGCACAGGCCGAGCGGGGGCCGGUUUCGUUGGGUUCGGAGGAGUCGGUGGAGGAGGUGGCGAAGAGCAGGGAGAGGAGUCGGAAGGGAGAAGAGGAGGAUGGGGAGCGGAAAGGGAGCGGGGGGAGGGAAAAGUCGGGGAGCGUGGUGGCGACGAUGAAGAAGGAGGCGGCGUUAGCAGCGGAGGAGAGCGGAGGCGGGGACGGGGUGAGACGGCAAGGUCGAACAGGGAGGGGGAGCGUGGCGCCGCGGGUGGCGGCGGCGAGCACUCCGGUGGAGAAGGUGGAGGUGUCGGCAGGGAAUGCAAAGCCGAUGAGGAGUGGAAGGGCUGCGGUGGAGACGAAGCUGGGCGGGGGCGGGCGUCCAGGCACGAAGAAGGGCAGUGGUGAUCGGAAAGCUUCCAGCAGGCCUCGGCGGGUACUUGGGAACAGCGGAGGCGAGAUGACAGAGGAGGAGGAUGACCACGAGCAGCUGUCGAGAGCGGUUCAGCAAGCUGUGGAGCUGAGUGCAUCAGCGUGCCCGAACAGUUUUUGGAGAGAAGUAGAGCCGUACUUCGCUUAUGUUACUUCGGACGACCUAUCUUUUCUGCAGAGACGGAUUGCCAUGGCGGGUGAAUGCAACAGCAGUUGGCAAGGUCAGAGCUUGGACGCAUUGGUGGAAGCAGCAGGGGGUGGUGACAGGGGGCUGGGCGGCGGCGAUGCGAAGGAGGCGAAGCAGUCGAAAGAGCAGGGGGCGGAGGAGAGGAAGUUGAGGAGGGGGAGGGGCGGGGGGUGGUAUGACAAAGUUUUCCCGCUAUCACAGCGGCUGCUGUCUGCGUUGAUCUGCGAGAGGGAGGACGGCGAGAGCGAGAGGGUAGGUGAGGAGGGCGUGGUAGAGCUGGACUCGGAUUCUCCUCGUGCUCCGAGUACGCAGCGCGAGAUGGACUGCGAGAGGAGGGAUGCAGAGGGCGAGUCGGACGUAGACAACGCGAAAGCUGAUUCCGAGUGGUGGAGCGCAGGAGCAAGAGCGGGAGGGUACAGCGAAGGGUCUCCCAUGUCUGGUGGGCAAGGGUGUCGGGCGUGGGAUGAAUAUCAAGAUGGGGAGGAUAUCGUUGUCGGGAGCGAUGGGCACGGAGCGGCUGGCGCAGAUUGGGGCAGCGGCGGGGAUGAUGAGGACAACGAAGCAGGGUGUGGGAGGCAGGCGGAGAACGGGUGGAUGGAUUGGGAAGAGCAGUAUGGAAGGAUGAGCCUGGACGAUAGGUUAGCGGUGGAGUUGAGGAGCAUCGGGCUGGAACCUGCGCAAGUGCAGGCGGAGCAGGAGGAGGCGGAGGAGGACGACAUGGGGGAUGAGUUGAGGGGGCUGCAGAUCGAGCUUGCGGAGCAGGUUUCGAGGAACAAGGAGCGGUUGUGCAGGCUGGAGAGUGCCGUCAUGAGAAGCAGGGCGGGCGAGGAAAGAGCGCGGGAGAAGCUUGCGAUGGACAAACUGGUGGAGUUGGCGUAUAGAAAGAAGACGGGUGGGCGAUCCAGUAAGGGAGGCGGUGUGAAAGGAGCAAGAGCGGUCGCACUUGCGUUUGCAAAGCGGGUCCUGACAAGGGUCCACAACUUCGAGGGUGGUGUGAGCUGUAUAACGGACCCCGCGUUGCGUGAGCGUCUGUUGUGCGUUGCUCCGAGUGGUGCGGAAGGCACCGUGGACGGAGGCAUGGAUGCAUCGAAAGAUGGCGGUGGCGGGGCAGGAAGUGGCGGAAGGAUGGCAUCACCAAGGGGUGCAGAGGCGGAGAGGGGUUCUUUGGACGGGCAGAGCCAUGGCGUGAAUUUCUGGCAGCAGAAAGAGGGGGUGUGGACGGGUCGGGCCAGGGAACGUGAGGCGUUUCUGGAAGACGGGUCUGGAUACGCAUGCACUCGGGACGUGAAUACGCUGAGCUUGAAUGGGUUGGGGGGGAUCAAGGGCAAACGGAGCGAACGGGAGAGGGAUGGAAAGGUGAAGGAAGGAGGCGCAGGAGGGAGGUCGGGGCACAGCAAUGUGAAGGGGGAGCGGAAGACGAAGACGAAGCCGAGGCAGAAGACGGGACCGCUGUUGAAGUCUGUGCAUGGGCUGGUGGCGAAGGCGGCGGAGCAGCAGCCUGGCAAAGGCAGGUUGUUGAACGAGGGCCGCGCGGGGGCAACGGAGAGGCAGGCAAUGAGGAGCGAGGAAGUGAUGCCGAGUCUGGGAGCGUUGCAGGAAGCGGUGGUGGAGGGCGACGGACAGAUCGAUCUGUCGGCGAUACCUCUGCCCGGAAUGGAGGAGAUGAGCAUGGGUCAAGCAGACAUGGGGUCGUGGCUUGACUUCGACUUGGAGGACCCGUUGCAACAGACGGACGACUUCCUGAUGGGGUUGGACGUUCCGAUGGACGACUUGUCGGGGCUGCAGAUGAUGAUGUGAGGGGCGGGUGGUGGGGCAGUCGGGGUGGGCGAUUUGUGAUUAUGAAGGACAUGGUCCUUAUUGUACAUUGAAAGUUGGCCUCGAGGAGGCCUUGAAACGGGUACGAAUCCCCGGAUGGUGGGGAAAAGGUAUGCUGUUUUGGAAGGCGAGGUUUGAGGUCGAAUAAGGGCAGUGGUGGGAUGCCACGAUGCAUGUACGUUUACAGGGUUGAGAUUUUAGGAAGUUUUUCAACAGAAUUAGGGUCACAGUUGAAGGCGUGCCGUGCAGUCGGCCAUGUUAGACAGCAGCUGUGGGACAGUGACCACCGAUAGGAGACUACCAUCUUGUACCAAAAUUUGUUUACGCAUUUUAAUUCUUUUAGUGGGACUUUUUUUUUUGUUUGGUCGUUC